AUGUAGAGAAAGAUGAUGAGGAGCAAAAUUGAGAAAGUAAUCCAUGGCUUCAUCAUCUUGUUCUUUAAUGGCAGCUGCAACUAUUACUACUAGCACAAGUUUGAGAGCUUCAAAAUAUAAGUACCCUAGUGCUAGAUUGAUAACUAGAGCUUCUUCCUCAACCUCAACUAGCCCACUCAGUGCUGCUGCUGCUUCUGCACCUUCACCACUUGUUUCCUCCAUUCUUUCCAAGGUUGUGCAAACAGAUCGGGGAGUUACUUUGAAGACGGAUGAGCACAAAAAGGUAGCUGAACUGGCUCAAGCGCUCAAGGAAUUUUGUGUGGAUGAACCUGUAAACUGCCCUCUUAUAUUUGGAGAAUGGGAUGUUGUUUAUUGUUCAAAUCCUACAUCACCUGGUGGAGGCUUCAGGAGUGCAUUGGGCCGAAUAUUUUUCAAGACAAAGGAAAUGAUACAGGCUGUUGAACCUCCUAAUAUUGUGAAAAACAAGGUUGCCUUUUCCGCAUUUGGGCUUGAUGGUGAGGUGUCUUUAAAUGGAAAACUGAAGGCUCUAGAUGAGAAAUGGAUACAAGUAGUGUUUGAGCCACCUGAACUAAAAGUGGGAGGACUUGAGUUUACCUAUGGUGGUGAGAGCGAGGUUAAGCUUGAGAUUACUUACGUAGAUGAGAAGAUCAGGCUUGGCAAAGGUUCCAGAGGUUCUUUAUUUGUUUUUCAAAGACGCCAACCAAGUUCCUGAUGUCCUCGGAGCACUCCAAACUUUCUACUCUGUGAUAAAGUAAAUACCAAUCAGACCAGUUGAAUCUCUUGUUAGUAUGUGUUAUGUGGAGUGCUCUGAAAAUUUGUCUUUGCAAAGAAACCUUGAAGGAAAUUAACAGUUGGAAAUACACCAUAUGAAUGACUAAUCAUUUGUAUUUUCUUGAAA